AUGGAUGCCUGGGUCCGCUUCAGUGCUCAGAGCCAGGCCCGGGAGCGGCUGUGUAGGGCUGCCCAGUAUGCUUGCUCUCUUCUUGGCCAUGCACUGCAGAGACAUGGGGCCAGUCCUGAGUUACAGAAACAGAUUCGACAAUUGGAGGGUCAUUUGAGCCUUGGAAGAAAGCUUCUACGCCUGGGUAACUCAGCAAAUGCCCUUGAGUCAGCCAAACGAGCUGUUCACCUCUCAGAUGUCGUACUGAGAUUCUGCAUCACUGUUAGUCACCUCAAUAGAGCCUUGUACUUCGCCUGUGACAAUGUCCUGUGGGCUGGAAAGUCUGGAUUGGCUCCCCAUGUGGAUCAGGAGAAGUGGGCCCAGCGUUCAUUCAGGUACUAUCUUUUUUCCCUCAUUAUGAAUUUGAGCCGGGAUGCCUAUGAGAUUCGCCUGCUGAUGGAACAAGAGCCUUCAGCUUGUAGCCGGCGGCUGAAGGGUUCCAGGGGAGGAAUCCCAGAAGGAAUGGAAACUGGGGGUCCUGGGGAACCAGGGACUCCAGGAGGAGGUCUGCCCCAACUGGCUCUGAAGCUUCGGCUGCAAAUCCUGCUCCUAGCUCAGGUCCUUCGAGGUCAUCCACCACUUCUGCUGGAUGUGGUCAGAAAUGCUUGUGAUCUCUUUAUUCCACUGGACAAACUAGGCCUUUGUCACUGUGGCCCUGGUAUUGUAGGGCUUUGUGGCCUCGUGUCCUCCAUCUUAUCUAUUCUCACCCUAAUCUGUCCCUGGCUACGACUCAAGCCAUGACAUUCUGGUGCAGGAUAAGGAGGGGACCUGAAUUGGUGAGAUGGCAUCUUAGAUCACCCCAAUGUACCAACCUUUGUUCUAACUCUACUCCUUGGUUGAAGUUCGAUCCAGAGAUGAAGGGGUGGAGGGAGAAGCUUUAGAAAUGAUGAGGUGAGGAGAGGAAAGGUAACUCCUGCAGUCAGUAGGAUGAGUCUAAUGUCCAAAUCUACCUGAGCUUUUGUUCUUUUCCUCCUUUAUUGCAUUGUGUGUGUCUCCCUUGAUUCUUUUUACUUUGUCCCUCUUAUGUUUUUAAGAUUCUGUCUUUCACCUUCUCAUUCCCCUGUCCUAAGAGUUCAAUCAGCAGCAGCAUUAUCUUUUGGGGAAAAGAAGGGGUGAUAGAAGGUUUGGUCUGUAAGAUUCUAACUGCCUUCUUUCUCUCACAGAGGUGGCUUAUGGUAGAUUUUCCCCCCUUCAAACUCCAAAUAUAAUUUUAAGACUUUAUGUCCUAGCGGACUCUCCCCCAACCUCUGCUCCAAGGGUUGUUUGAUACUUCCUCUUCCUCCCUCUUGUCUACCUCACCAAACUCCCUCAUGACUUGCCCCUUAUCCUUCCCUUGAAUCACACCUACAGAUUUCUGCUUCCACUUUUAUUUCAAAGAUUUGUUCCCCAGCUUAUUCUUACCCUUUCUUUGCCUACUCAGAAUGAUGUUGUAUGUAGCAUCUUGCUGUAAAUACUGUACAAUGAAUCUGUAAAUAGCUGUGGCCCAUGCCCAAGAUGGGAGAGCAAGCCUUCCAGGCCAGCAAAUUAAAGAUCAGUUUGCCCAUCAAUGUUUGGUCUGGUCUUCUGUGUUCUGGUUAUCUGAGGCCCCUAUUCCUGUCACUGUGGUUUGGGUUUUCCAUGGGAUUGGCCACUAAGAUCAUCAGCCACAGAUUUUUAUUGAGAACCUACCAUGUGCAGGACAAAAUACUAGAUGGUGGAGAUACAAAAUGCUAAGAAGCUCCAUGAUCCCAUUUCAAGAAUGUCAUGGGUUGAAUUAUGUCCCCCAAAAAAUGUGUGUAUCAGUUUGGCUGGGCCAUGAUUCCCAGUAUUGUGUAAUUUUCCUAUAUGUUGUAAAUCCUGCCUCUGUGAUGUUAAC